AUGUAUGGUUAUGCUCAGGUGCCACUCGGUGCUGAUAUUGUUCACGAUUCUGACUCUCGAGAUGCUCUACAGGAGAAGAUGGACACUUUGUUCGUGGAGAAGCAGCACCUGGAAGAGCUCAUAUCACACACUUGGAAAGCCAAGGUAGAGUCAUUGCAGGUGGAGAAGCUGGCUGUGGAGCUCGCAUUCGAAAAGAAGACUGCCAAGGUAAUCGCAGAGCGCGAGCACUAUGCUAGACUGGAGAAGGAACUUCGCACGAUGAAGGGAAAGCACCGAGAGUUGCCUGCAUCGCAGUCAAACAGUCAGACAGAGCUUGAAGCCAAGAUCGCUGCUGAGCAUGAUGCUCGAGUCCAACUCAAGGAAGAAUGCGAGCAUCUCCUGGCGAAGAAGCAGAAUCUUGAGAUUACGUGCUCAAACACCAAGAUGGAGCUCCAUGAAAAUAUUUCUCUAGCAGCUGCAGAGCACGCUCGCUUGGAAGAGGCGCUCGAUAUCAAGGUCGCCGAGGUCGCCGAGGAGUGCAGUGCACGUGCCGAGCAAGAGCAGGCACCAGAUACAGGCUGA